UUGGACUGCAGGAUUAGCAUCACGUUGACUUUUCCUCACGAACCAGGCCUGAAACGAAACAUAGCUAUCUGUGCUGAACAUCCGUUCCACCCGUUACACCAAAAGCAUAAGCAACAAACGACAUUAACAAGAUGGACAUGGACAUGGGAGGAAUGGAUAUGGGGAGCAGCGAUAGCGGAGCCCAGUGUGUCAUCUCGAUGCUGUGGAACUGGAAUACCAUCGAUUCUUGCUUCCUUGCCCGCAGCUGGCACAUUCGCUCGCGCGGCAUGUUCGCAGGCUCUUGCAUUGGCGUCAUCUGCCUCGUCAUAGUCCUCGAGUUUCUGCGCCGCAUCGCCCGCGAAUACGACGCCUUCAUCAUCCACCGCGCCCAGAUGCGUGCUCAAUACCUUGUACCCUCCGCGCAAACCCAACCUGGUGCAGCCACCCCAUCACCAGCCUCGGAAUCUGACAGCGCAAUUGGCAUUGGCAAUAACGGAGCCGGGGCCCAUAAGACUCCUGCCAACACCUCGACGGCACCAGCAGCAGCCUCUGGGCCCGGUUCAGCAGCACCCUUCCGCGUCCGUCCAAGCCUUAUUGAACAGUUUAUCCGUGCGCUGCUGCAUAUGUUGCAGUUUGCGGUCGCGUACUUUGUGAUGUUGCUGGCAAUGUACUUCAACGGGUACAUUAUUAUUUGUAUCUUCAUCGGAGCCUUCCUGGGCUCGUUCAUCUUCUCGUGGGAGUACAUUGGGGGUGGAAUUAAGGAGAACGACGCAACGGCUGUUACGAAAUGCUGCGGUUGAUGUUUCACAUACGCAUAUAAUUCAGAUCCAAUAAGCCAUACCGAUGGCAACCUUUCCUCUAGAACAAGGAGGACUUUAGUUCUCAUAAUAGUCAUAUAAUAGCUAAA